AACUGUAGGUGUAGCCUAAUUUGAAUGUGUCCAUCAAAAAGAGGGUGGGCCUAACUGGCUGGUUUCAGCUGCUGUAGGGGCUCGAGUAGCAGUUUCUUCUUGCUCUUACUUGAAACCCGUGGGUUAGGAGGUACCAGAGUGCAUCUUGGUAGCACAGACAAAUGUACUAAGUCCUGUGACUUGUGAAUAAAACAGAAGAGAACCUUGCCCUAGCAGAGCUUAAAGUCCAUUAGGUUACUAUCUCAAAGGAGGUUUGCUGAAGACAACUUGCUGAGAUCACUGUCACUUAAAAGUGAUUGAUAUAUCCUGGUGCAGAUAUUCAAGGAAGAAGCAGAUAGGACACUAUGGACCAGCAACUGAAGAAAAGGGCAAAGACUUGUGGCCAGAAAGGCCUGGCUAGAAAACCCUUCAAGAGGGAUAAGCGAAGGCCAUCUAAGCCACAGGCAGUCCAGAAGAAACAUCCCGACACAACAUGGGCCUUAGAAGAUGAAGGUGUGAUCUUUGAGACAAGCAAUCUGGUUGUUGGAGAAGACUCUUUCUCUGACUGUUACAUAGAAUGCAUAAUAAGAGGUGAGUUUUCUGAACCCAUUCUGGAAGAAGACUCACUUAAGUCCCUUAACUACCUGGAAGAAGGAUCAGAGCAAGAGCUUUCUCAACAGGUUCUUACAGCAAGCUCACUUCUGAAACAAUCCUUGAAAUGUGCACAGAAAGGGGCAAAACAAGAACUUCCUCAACAGACUGUCAGAGAGAAUUCACAGUUUAAGUAUUCUGAGUAUGCAAUGGGCAAGAAGCUUCCUCCUGGAGGAGCACCCAGCAUUGACCUACCAAAUCCUAAACAGUCUGCAGAAUUUGCUAGAAAGAAGCCAGCAAGAAAUAAGGAAUAUGAGGCUCCAGAAAGAAUUGCUUGUCCUUACAGUGGAUGCCCAAAAAAGGUAAAGAAUAGAGCUUCCCUGAGAAAGCAUCUCCUUGUCCAUGGUCCUCGUGAUCACGUAUGUGCAGAAUGUGGGAAAGCAUUCAAUGAGAGUUCGAAACUAAAAAGACAUUUUCUUGUUCAUACUGGAGAGAAGCCAUUUCAGUGCACUUUUGAGGGGUGUGGAAAACGCUUUUCUCUAGACUACAAUUUGCGUACGCAUGUCCGCAUCCACACUGGGGAGAAACGUUUUGUGUGUCCCUUUGAAAGUUGUCACAAGAGGUUUACUCAGUCAAAUAAUAUGAAAAUUCACGUCUUAACUCAUGGAAAGACCAACACAAAUCAGUGAAAGAUAAGACGGAAAAGAAUCCUCUAACAGGAUAAGCAU